AUGCAGUCGCAAGAUACUUACCUGUUGCCAGCCAGCCCGGCGAGCGGUCGCCGGGCGACUGCCGCGGCCGACUCGGUCCCCACCGUGAAAAAGGCCCAGGGCCAUGUUCCCGCAUGUUUGGUGAAUGCCUCACUGACGUACUGCGGCAACGAUUGCAUCUACGCCUUCGGUGGCUUUGACCAGUACACUGAUGAAGUGUACAACCACGUGCUCCGCCUUGACUUGAACACCUUGCGAUGGGAAUUGGUGGAUAACUUUGGGGACAUUCCCGGGGUUCGUAUGGGACACACUGCCAGCCUAUACCAAGGGGACAAAUUGAUCAUCUUUGGAGGCGAGAACGAACAUCGCGAAUACCUCUCCGACGUCAUCAUUCUGGACCUCAAGACUUUCCACUGGACAUUACCCCAGAUUAGCGGAUCGGUUCCACGAGGAAGGGCACGCCAUGCUGCUGUUAUUCAGGACGACAAAUUGUUCAUCGUCGGUGGAGUGACUGGUGAGAAUAAUGUAAUUCUAGACGACCUGACAUAUCUGGACUUGCAAACCUGGACCUGGUCUCGAACGUGGAGCUUCACGGCUCGUUUCGACCACACGGCUUGGGUCUGGGGCAACCGUCUCUGGAUCUUUGGUGGACUGGGACCUAAUAUGGAACGAACCUCGGACAUCUGGUGGCUCGACCUCAAAGGCUCGCCUUCUUUAACUGGAAUCACCUCCUGCCAAGACUCUAUAGCUAGUCCUUCCUCUCAACAAAUGUCGCCUCGCUCUGGCAUCUAUCCCGCAAAUUCGGCAAGUGUUCAGGUCCGCAACUUUAGUCGCCGCAAGCCUCUCGCUCCGGGCGCUAUCUCUUGUCUCCGAUUCCACUCCGGUCCGAAUGUUCCCCAACUGUUCUCCGGGACUCACUUUCAAUCCUUCACCUCGGGGGUUCUUCUGGACCUUAUCACACCAUCCGAGACUGUACGGUCACAUGAUUGCAAUCUAUCGGCCCUUGAUUUGAAUGCUCUGCGCUGGCAGCGCCUGGCUGAUGGACAAGAGAUCUUCCGGCCCGGUUAUCGAUGGCACUACUGCACUGUAAACGAAACAGGGACCAAGGCCUGGUUACUAGGAUGCAGUCUCGACUUAGCCAAUAACGCGCCCGGGGCCAGUGACGAGAAUCACAUGAGUGAAAUACUCGCCAUUGACCUGGAGAAAUACGGCUUACUUGGCAACAGCCUGUCAGCGGAGGUUCCUCUCCAGGAUGCCUCAUGGCCAGCUGACCGGCCAGGUCAUUCGCCCGUCUCUGGACUUGGGGCUGACCUCUCAGCCGUGUUUGACCAAUCCCCCGAAUCAGGGAGCGGCGCGGACUUUGUAAUUACUGCCAUUCGUGACGAUCACGACUACUCGGUCUCAGAUGACCUGGGGGAUACCCCAUCCGGAUCUGGCGCCCAGACCCAGCCCAUCUUCAUGGAGCCGAACCCCGCUACCUCAGAUCCUAUUCAUGUUCACAAGAUCAUCCUGCAGCUUCGAUGGCCGCAUUUCAAGCGUCUUUAUGCGGCCCAGAUGGCAGAGUAUCACACCAAGCGGAUGCACAUCCCUGAGCCCUACUCGGUCGUGCGUGCAUUCCUAUACUACCUAUACACGGACAGUAUCGCCGGCCAUCCCGAGUACUGUUCGAGUGUGAUCGACGUGGCAGGGAUGCUAGUCAUGGCCAAUUUGUACGAUAUGCCCAAGCUUCGCCUGCUCUGUGUGAACCGAUUGAGCCGCGAGUUGGACGUGGAAAAUGCCGCCAUUGUCUGGGAGCGCGCUGGUCGAACGAGUGAACACUGGCUUAUGCGCCGAGCUGCACAAUUCUGCCUGACCCACUGGGGCCGCAUUGUGCGGACAGAUGGUUUCAAGUCGCUCAGCCAUCAGAGCUUGAUUGAACUAUGCGAAGUGGUCGAUACCGAGGGUCGUAUCAUUGCAGGGCCUGACCUAGAAAUGGUUGGUGCGUUUGGGGCGGAUGCCCAGGGUGACCGAGACUCGAAGAGUACUCGACUGCGGAUGGGUUCCGCUGUGAGCUUGGAUGAUGAGUCCGAAGAUGAAGAUAUGGUACUUUCAUGA